CCCGUGUGUCAAAGUCACUGUUAUUGGUCAGUUACGUGAUAUAUCAAGGACAUCAUCCAAUGACAAGGAUCCUUCUUGUGACGAUCUCCCUAAAAAACAAACAUCUUUUGUUUUGGACCGGCCAGACGCAUGCUUUUUUUUCGGGCAUCAGAUACAUCACGUUGAAAGGGAAAAAUGAGUUCAGUCACUAGUCGUGCAAUCGGUGCAGUAGUUGGAGGCUUCAUAGCAGAUGCUGCAGGUCUGCCCAUCCAUUGGGUGUACAACCAGGACGAUCUAAAUGCAAUCGUGGCCAAACAUGACAAGCCAGAAUUCAUUCCCGAGGGUCACUGCCCUUUCUAUAAGCUUCCAACUGGAUCGCUGAGUGGCUUUGCUGAUCAGGGGUGCGCUCUCCUUCAGUCAUUGGUAGAAAGCAAAGGCUUGGAUCUUGACAACUACAAGUCUAGCCUUGUGACCCGUUUUGGCCCAGGAAGUGGCUACGACAUUGACCGGUCUGGUGAGAAGCCUGUUCUAGGACCUUGGCUUAAUGGCUCUCUCAAACAGUUCCUCGCCAACCACGAGGAGAAAAAGGCCAAGACGGGAGCAGACAGUGCCGAUGUGGAUAGUCUUAGCAAGGUUGGUCCAUUGGUGGCGCUCUACGCUGGAGACCCCAAGUUGAUGAGUUAUGUUGAAUCUACAGUCCGAGUCACUCAAGACAAUGACAUUGCUGUCAAGUAUGCACAGGCCGGUGCCAAGCUUUUGGAGGACUAUAUUCUGAAUGGUCCAAACCCAGACGCCGUCCAGAAACUGACUGGUCAAGUGGAUGCAGACGCUAAAGCAGAGAUUGAGGCAGUUAUAGCUGUUAAGGGUGAACCCCAUCAAGAAGUCGCUAAGAAGUUUGGUCUUGGCUGUGGCAUGCCUGCUAACUUCAACAAUGCCAUUCACUGCAUCCUAAAUGGAUCUGAUGACUUCGCAGCUUCGGUUCGCUUCGGUCUGGCGAGUGGUGGAGAUAACUGCGGCCGCCUGAGUUUCGUGGGUAGUUGCUUCGGUGCACAAGGUGGAUUCGAAUCUCUACCCGCUGAUUGGAUAGCCAAGACUACUGAAGGCGCUAAGAUAAAAGCCCUGGCUGAGGAGUUGGUCAAAAUGCGCAAGUAGAUAUUGAAGAUGACUUUUUUUUAUUCGGAACUCCCAAAACAUGGAAAUCCGGAGAAAACAUGUGACAAUAGUUAUACAAAAUAGACCACCAAACUACCAAAAUUAUACUUGAUGUCGUAAAUUUGUUUAAAAUUUGCCAUUGGAGGGAAUUUUGUUCCCGUUUUCUUUUUUGCAUUUAUAUUUUCAGUUGUUGUGGGGUGUGCUAUAUUCAUUGGUUUACAAUUUAAGUGAGAACUUUUAUUUUCUAUAUUGAAUAAAUUAAAACCGAUUUUUGUUGUCUGCAAAAACAAAGCAGGGAACCACUUGUAAGUAUAUCACAUUUAGUGGUAUUUGGACUGGCUACCAGUUUCUACUACUAAGCAAGGUUCUUUAUGCUCAGCAGAUUCAGUAAAGCCCAAUUUCACAGAGCUGCUUAAGCAAAAAAAGCAACUUAGCACAAACAUAUUAUGCUUACCAGAUUAAGGUUACCAGCCAUAGUACCAUUUCGCAUGUACAAGCUGUGACUAGUAUCCUGCAUUUGUUUAGCAGAAAGUUGCUAAGCAUAAUUCUCUGUGUCAGGAGCUCUAUGAAACUGGGCCCUCUUUGCUUCACUUACGGAUUUUUGUGUUCGGCCAGCUUGCAUGUUCACCAUGGAUUUGCAUUGUUACAUGUAUGUCACUUUCCAGUAAGCACUGGAAUGUUAGCAUGCCUUCUAGUGUGCUUAUGGUUAGCAGCACUAUGAAAUGGAAUCUCAAGCAAAAUCCGCCAUUAAGCAACUCUAUGAAAUUGGUCCAAGAUGUUAAAUUGAUGCUUACAAAAGCAGACUCGUACAAGGUACCUUCAUUUGAUUAAAUCUUUUAAUUGCUACAUAUCUACCAAGAAGAAAAAGCAAUGCUUCUCAACAAGUGAUUUAGUCUAAACAUAAAA